AUGAAGCUUUUUUCUCUUUUUGGAAGUUUUGUUGCCGCCUCGGAGAAGGUUGAUUACUCCGGAAGCAAAGUUCUAAGAGUCACCGUCGAGGAUGAAGCCCAGCUCAAGUUCAUCCGAGCCGUGAGCGGCGAUUUUGACAUCUGGAAGGACGCUCAUGUCAAGGGCGAUGUCAUGGACAUCCUCGUCCCUGGAGAAUACCUUUCUCGAACGUCCAACACCCUUCGCGCUCGAGGAGUCGAGUUCAACAUCAUGGUGGAUGAUGUCCAGGCUCUUAUCGAUGAAACUACUCCUUCGAACACUGAGUACACUACCUACGCCGACUUCGACUACAAUACCUAUCACACUUUUGACGCUCAUCAGCAGUGGCAAGCUGAUUUUGCUGCGGAAAACAGCGAUAUCGUCAAUGUCGUCGAGUACGGAACAUCUCUCGAGGGCCGACCUUUGAACACGAUGGUCAUUGGAAAAGGCAGUCGAAAGAUGAUUCUUCACGGAGGAACUCACGCUCGAGAAUGGAUCAACCCGAUCGAAAUGAUCAAUUUCUCCAAGCAACUUGUCGAGGAGUACCGAGCUGGUGGUGAGUCGGCCAAUUACCUCAACGAUCUUGAAUGGCACAUCACUAUCAACACCAACCCCGAUGGCUACGUCUACUCUUGGACAAACGACCGAAUGUGGCGAAAGACCCGAAACCCAGACACGGGCGGAGUUUGCGUUGGUGUUGACCCCAACCGAAACUGGGAUGCCUGCUGGGGAUGCCCAGGCGCAUCGGCUAACACUUGCAGUCAGACUUUCUAUGGAAGAAGUGUCUUUAGCGAAGUCGAGACAAAGGCCGCUGCUGAUUACAUCACCAACAUGUCUGGCAACGUCGUCGGAUACGCCGAUGUCCAUGCCUACAGUCAGUACUGGAUGACACCAUUCGGCUACAAACGAACCCACCCAGCUGAUUACGACGACCAAAUGACAGUUUCCAACGCUGCUCGGGAUGCAAUUUACGGAGUUCACAGAAAGUUGUUCGCCACUGGAAGCAUCUAUGACGUCAUCUACCAGGCUUCCGGAAACACAGCCGAUUGGGUCUACGAGACCGCCGGUGUCAAGUGCUCCUUCGCUCUCGAACUCCGCGACAAGGGUCAGUAUGGAUUCCUUCUCCCUGCCGAUCAAAUCCAGCCCGUCAAAGAAGAAAUGUGGGCCGGUUUCACCGCAUGGGCAGAUCUCGCCAUUCAGGGUCUCUGCGACAGCUAG